AUGCUUUCGGCAAGCGUGAUGAAGAUAAUGAAGAAAGUCCUGCCUCCCGAAGCGAAAAUUUCCGAGGAGGCUAAAGAUUCUGUCCAGAUGUGCGUGACGGAAUUCAUAAGCUUCAUCAGUGGCGAGGCUAACGAUAAGUGCAAGAAGGAGCACCGAAAGAUCAACUCUCCGGAGGACGGAUCAUCAUUAGUUGCUCGAAAUCCGGUGGUUCAAUUUCAACCCUCGGCCUCCUCGGCUGCCAGCUGGCCAUUGGGCCCCCAUGUUGCGCCUCCCGUUGUCAGUGCCUUUGCUGCUCCACUGGGUUAUCCUGGUCAGAUGGGGCAGUAUUAUUACCCGCCGCCAGCUGGAUUCUUUGGAGCUGCUCCUUCAGCUGGUUUUCCGGCGGCAGCAGGGAUUUAUGAUCAUCUUCCAAUGUUCAAUGAUAACCCUUCUACUGCGGGCGGGUAUCCCUCCGGCGAGCCGGGGUAG